AUGAAAGACUAUCACCCUCACGGGGGCUAUCUAGGGGACGACCUCUCUCGAAAGAUUCGAAAGUCUGCGUCCUGUGAACCCCUCGUCGACGGCCUGUCGUCAGACGAUGAGGAAUACCUUCAAGGUAUUGAGUCUAAUCAGUCGGGUGGUGCUUUGCUCGCAUCAGCCCCGUCCCCAUCUGCUAUUAGAGUCUCUCUUCCUAAGAAAUCCGCCUCUGACAAGGCUAGGUCCCUCUCUCCUGGCUCAGAGUCCUUCAGAGUCGAUGCCAAUGUCGAGGACGACGUCUUCGCUGGCAACAUGUCCACCCAUCCCGCGGCCGGUUUGAUUAAUCGGUUCAAGGAGAUGCAGGUUGAUAUUUCCAAUGCUCGUGAGAUUGCUAACGACCGCUCUAAUGUGGUUGAUGCUCAAGGCAUUUACCCUCCUACUGCUUGCAUUUUUGCUGGCAACUUGUCUCAACAAGCUUCAGAUGAGACUCUACAAAGCGAAGUAGAAAAGGUCUUCAGUAAAUUCGGCGAGGUGUUUGUCAAAAUUCGUCGUGACAAUCGCAAUAUGCCAUUUGCGUUUUGUCAGUUCACAAAUGAAUAUGAUGCCCAAGAGGCCGAAAGACUGGGAAAGGGAGUGGUAAUUCUUGGUCGUCCUUGCAGAACUGAAAUGGUUAGGGCUCAUACGUCCUUCAUCAUUUAUCAAGUCUCAGGACGUCGGACUUCUGCUGAAGAGGCUGUUGCUCUCCUCGGUGUCUUGGGCGAGGUUGCAAGAGCCGAUGUCCUUCCCAACACUGUUGCUAGUCAGUACGGCAUUGCAAACGGAAUACUUGUGACGUACAAGAUGUACGAUCCAACUCGGGAGGUCAUCCAGUACUUCCGCGAGAAUAACAAGUACAAGGUCAUCGCAUACGAGCCCAAAAGGGAUACGAGACCCAAGUUCGACCAAUACAGGUCUAGCACCCAUGUCGAUGAACGCUCGGCCUACUUUGGAAAUAUGCCCGUUGAAAUGUCCAAGGAGACUUUUUCAAUGAUGGUUAGCGCUUGCGGAGCUCUAGUGUCUGUAGAGUUCUACAAGAAGCCAAUUCUUAGCUGUCAAGGCAAAAUGACUUGCUUUGGAUUCGUGGAGUAUGCAAAGCCAGAGUCUGCAGAAGAGGCUAUUCGUACAAUGCACAACACCAACAUUGACGGAUAUACAAUCCGCGUCGAAAGGAAACGGUCUCGUCCUCCUUACGAGCCUACCGUCCAGUAUGCUACAUUCCCGCGUCGUCGACGCGAGACUCAGUUCCCACGCGAACAAAACCAUCUUGAGUCUCUGUUUGCUCCAUCGCAGGGCUCCAGUUCUCAAAACUGGCAGGGGUCUGCGCCCGAUCAUCGGCAUGAUAUUCCAAGAUCCUCUAUGGAAGCCACUCACGUCGGCAUGGAAACUCCUGAGAGUAUGAAGCCUAUCAGUGUGCCCAGGUCUACUGGACACCGCUUCCACCACCAUCGGCCCAGAGAUCCUACUUCUCCCUGCUCAAUUCCCAAGCUCUCUUUCCCAUCUCCUCAGGGUCAGGGUCCCCAAGCUUCAAUCCCUUGGAUGCAAUAUGCUCCCUACGGAUUUAGCCCGCUCUCUCCGUUCGGUCCUAUCAGCCCUCACGCUCACCUCAACCAAGGCUUGGUCUAUCAGAGUUUCGUCCAUCCCCCUGUCUACCACAACAUGUAUCCAGACUAUGUGACAAUGGUUCCUCCAUCGGCAGCUGCUCGAGAUGGAAGAACUUCCAUCGAUGAACAGUCUUCUAGAUCCGCGGGAAGCGGCGAAUAA